CAUUGACAGAAUGAAAUUGUUUCCCGCCGUGUUUACAUAGAUUGUUUAUAUAGUUUUUUGAAGAAUUAUUAUAACAUAAAAACAACGCAUAAUAACUGUUAACAAUUUUUUUUAUUUAAAUAAUCCAUUCCCUAAAAGCUAACAUGGGUAAGAAAUCUACAGCAUCCGUAAACAAGAGCAAAGAGAAGAGGCUCGCUAGGAAGCAGGAGCAGUACCGCAUUGCCGAUGGGAUGUCUCAUGUGACUUCGGCAAACAAGCUGACAGACCUGGCUUUGCUGUGCAAAGAGCUGCUGGUGUACCGGAGCAAUGACCUGGACGUUGAAAUGUACAUACAGCGGGUAAAGGAUCUCGACAAGAGUGUUUUAGACUGGGCAAUAGACCUUACUGAACGGAAUAUGAAGAAAUUGUAUGAGACCUGUGCCUGGGGCUGGAACAAGGAGAAGAAGGUGGAAGAAAUGAUGGAUGACUCGGCCUGGUACCUCAUAGCCAAGGAGAAGUCCGGGACCCUCCUGGCAUUCUCACACUUCAGGUUCGACAUGGACUUCGGGAUCCCUGUCUUGUAUUGCUAUGAGGUCCAAGUGGAGGCCGAGGGGCGGCGGCGCGGCCUCGGACAUCGCGUGCUAAGCGUACUGGAGAAGCUCGCGCUUGCCACGCGCAUGCGCUGCGUGCGCCUGACCGCGCUCACGCACAACCCCGCCGCCAGCGCCUUCUUCCGGGCCUGCGGAUACGUUUUAGACGAGACGAGUCCAGCGCUAGAAGAAGCCGCACAUUACGAGAUACUGAGCAAGGCCACAGAAGCCCCGGAGGAGACUUAACAUCCCCACCACUACACCGCCACCACCUAGUCAGCAGGCCAGCUCAUCGCUAUUAUCCCAAGUGGGUCCAUACUCCAUAAGUUCGCAUUAUGAAGUGACUUAAUGUAAUGUUUAGCAUAAUAAUCUUGCACAUCAUGAUUAAUACCAAUGUUCUUAUUCGACAGAAUAUUACAUGUUAUAUUGGCUUAAACAUACAUGUGGGCUUUGAUUAAUAGGAACAAAAAUACCAAACCAAAGGUUUAGAAGAAAGCGAAAGUAUGCAUAUCACUUUUCGACUUUUUUUCAACGAUUGUAUGUACUAACAGUUUUACCGCUAUUUCAAAUUAGUUCUUUUAAACUACGUUAAGUAUUUUGGUCUUAUUAAUUGUUAAAGUUUUCUAAUUUCAUAUAUGUAUGUGCCCCAUCUACAUUAUUACAAAAAGGCCCGUGCUAGGGCAUAUAACCCCGUAAAUCUAUACGAACAUGAUGUCAUAAUUUCAGUUCCUAGUCUACCACACACUUUACACCAUUAUUUUUACUCUCUGAAAUCUAAAAUAGAAAUAUUUUUGUAUUUUUACACAUGACAUUGAUAAUGAACUCCUUUCAUAUUAUUAAACUCAUGCAUACUACUUUUUGUAUCGAUUUCAGCUAAUCUAACUUUGACUAAUGAUAUCAAAUUUUGGUGCCAUCAAAAGUAUAUUUCCAACAGAAGCUUUCGAUUUGAAGUGGUAUUAUCUUAUCGCCGGCUACUUUGUCUACUUCCGUCCGAGAAUAUAAACUAAAACUACUUAUAUUCAUUAAUUCAAUUACUACUUGUAUCGUACUUCUUUAUUUAAAAGCGCCUACGUAAAUACGCACAAUUGUUCGAAACUCUGAGAGUUCGUCUACGCUACAUUUGCAGCGUACAAUAUAAUGGGCGCGCCUUACUUGAGCAUUUGGCGAGAGAACUUAGCGUAGCCCAUUGAAGUUAUGUAUUCCGGAAUAAGUACAGAACAAAAAUGACUAAAUGUUUGUACUAGCGUCCGUAGCACGGUCGCAUUUUUAUCACCUGUCACCAUGCCUGUCACGUUCUAACAAGUAUGUAAGUGCGAAAGUGACAAGCAUAGUGACAGGCGAUAAUAAUGGAACCAUGCUGCCACCGCAGAACAAAAAUUUGUGACCAUAAGAAGUCAAACUAUGACGAGGAUCGUGUCUCGUUUUGAUUAAGACAAUAGUGCCUCCAGUUCAAUAAGUGAAUAUUUCAGUCCUUUAGUUUGAUGCUCUCUUUCGAACUGAUUUCUUUAGUUUGCCAUUAUCGCCUGGCUUGCUGGGUAUAAUGGGUCAAUUUUGAUCAGCAAAAAAGUGACAGAACUAUCCGGGUUCUACAUAAAUCUGUAGUUGGCAGGAUUGUAAUAAGCUAGAAAUCAUUAUAAAUCGUAUCGCUACACUAAUUCGUCUGCAGUAUAAUUGGGCCAAAAUUCUUUUCUUUGUCUUGUUUUUGGUCCCCAAAAAAUGUGACGGAGUGGAGCUUUUUGUAUCGGGUGAUGGGAUGAAAUUUAGUUUUAAUUUUUUCUUAAGGGUAUUAUAAAUAUUAUAAUCUACAGCUAGAAAGACAUGCAAUAGCACUCAACUUUGUUUUUAUUGAUUUGAUAAAAGACAAAAAUAGAAGCGUGACAGAGUGGUCAAAAAUAAGAACGAAAAUAAUUUUGGUCCAAUUAUUAGUUACGUCCAUCACUACAUUCCGUGUUUUGUAACUAGUUUAACAGGUUGUUAAUAAUUAACCCGUCAGUACCUUAAACUGAUAAUUCUCAUAACAAAUAAGUUUAUUUUAGCAAAAUAAAUACAAAAAUUUUACAGAUAAA